CCUCAUUCCUUUGAAUGUGUCAUGAGGUUUAGUGAUUCGAAAUGGAUUUAUUUCUUAGUAAUUCUCAGGUUUUGCAUGAUAGCGACUGAAGAAAUAGGCGGUUCAACAUGUUGUCAGAAAACGUACCCUCAAAAAAGGUGUGUUUACAAUUACUUUCUGGACUUUGACAAGACCUGUAAAGAGUGCCCUCCAGGAACAUAUGGAUUGAAUUGCAGUCAGAAAUGUCCAAGUAGCACUUAUGGACAAUUUUGUUCAAAAUUGUGUCAAUGCCCCCCUGACAGAUGCGACAGAACACAUGGGUGUGAAGACAUAGUCCUGGAGAAGGAGGAAAACUCAGGGCUGUGUGUUUCUAAAGAUGGUGAGAUUCAGUGCUGUUUGAGCUUUUACAAGACAAAUAACACUUGCAAAGUCUGUCCAGCUGGGACGUAUAACAAUAACUGCUCCGAUCCCUGUCCGCCUGGAUACUAUGGAGAAUUAUGUUCCAAAGUAUGUGACUGUCCAAAAGCUUCAUGUGAUAAAGUACAGGGGUGCAUACAACAAGCCUCCGUGACAGAGGUCCCAUUGAAUAUGAUCAUCUUUGCAGGAAGCAUCACCCUUGUCUUCCUCUUAAUAAUGACUAUACUUAUCAGAAAGUAUUCUAAAAUUCAAAGUCUCAGAAGACACGCACCUGUUUCCAACGAUUUGACAGCAAUGGAUGUGGCAGUUUAUUCAGAGGUGAAGGAUUAGAUUUCAUGUGUAACCGACAGAAAACAGUUCUUUGCAAUCAUUUUCAUAAUAAUUCUGUAACAAAUUUUAAAAAAGUACUUUUGAUUAUUAUGUAUGCAAAUGUAUGUUACCAUUGAAAAAGAGCAAUCAAUAGGAAAAUAGACAAAAUGCAAGGAGACCUUUUAAACUAAAAAAGCUAAUUUUUUUUUCACGUUGCACCCUCAAGAUGAACAAUGAUAUUUUAU